AUGCGUAGCUCUGGUAUGACAUCAAAAGAAAUGCCAAUACCAAAAGUUAAUUUUGAUCUAAACGAUUCUUAUCAUGACAUAAAAACCUUACGUAGUAGUAACACAAACAAACGAUAUAGACGUUUAAAAAACUUUGAACGUUGUUAUUAUAAAAAAAUAUCUGAAGUAACAAAGGUUGGCUAUAAUUUAACACAAGAACACGAUAUUAAUGAUGGAAAUCUAAAUUUUAAGUUCUUAAACGGUGUUACCUAUUCGUUGAAUAAGAAAAAACGAUGGCUAUUGCCGGAUUUGAUUCAACGACGUAUAUGUAACAACGAAGACAGUGAUAAUAACCAAACAAAAUUAGUAAAAGGAGAUCAAACUAAAACACUUGAGGAUCAAUUGAAAAUUGUUAUGUAUGAGAAUAAUAACAUCAACUAUCGCUCAACAUGUUUCCGAUAUGGUAAUAGUAAAAUGGAACCACGUCUUAUCGAACCAAAACAACAUCAAUAUUUUAACAGUGAAACAUUAACAAAGUGGAUGAAUUUCUUGACUCGAACCCGUGCUAGAUUGAGAAAGAGACGACGAAAAAAUAAUAAUAAUUCUACGGAAGAUAAUGUUGAUCCAAAUAUAUCCAAUUUUGGUAUCCAACAACGUCCUGGCUUUUUUCAAGCUGAAGUUACCUACAAAUUUCUAUAUCCAUAUCGACCAUCAGUCAAAUUUAAUUCGGAUAAUGAAGAAACUCGAUGUAAUAUCGGAACAAAAAGAUCUGGUUUAAGAGUUUGUUCAAAAUCUCGAAUCCCAUGUUUAAGUCGUGCUUAUAGUCAUUCAUUCUAUAAACCUGUAACAAAAGAAAAAAAAAUAGCUAUGCUAAAUGAUAUAAUUAAUAGCGAAUUAUUAUUUGAUGUCUAUGAUGAAGAUGAUGGAUCGCAAAAACUAGAUUAUACUAAGGAUGAAGAAAUAAUUGAAGAUUCAUCUAUGUCGCUGUGUUAUCCUAUCAAUUCCUUUAUUCAUAACAAACGUUCACAUUCAUCAGAAAGUAUUGUUACUAUGAAAUCAUUGAUUCCUCCAGAUUAUAAAUCAAAUAAAGUUUUUGGAAUAUUACAAGAUUCAUUAGAUCAAGAUAAUUUAAUAGUAGAAAAACAACCCCAACAAAUUGUGUAUUCAUCUUCAUUUUCUAAACUUAAUCAAAUUAUUUACGAUGAACAAGAAUUUUUAAAUUAUAUGAUACAACAUCAUGAAUCUAUAAAACAAGCAAACAUUUAUCCACCUACAUUUUUACAACAGUUUGAUGUUGAUGAUGAAUUGGCACAAAUAUUUUAUAUUUAUGAGAAUACAUCAUGUGGAAUUUAUCUUAGAAUUGAUAAUGAUUUAAAAAUAAAAAAUUCUAAACUAAUUUCAGAUUUAGUCAAUCAAAUAUCAUCAUCAAUAGACUGUUUACCAUCGAUUAUUAGUUCUGUUCAAAAUUUUCUUUCAUUACUUCAUCAUAAUAACAACUAUAACGUUAUCACUAUUUCGUCAAAAGUUAAUACUAUGGAAGAAAUAAUCGGUUCAUUAAGGCUACCAUUGUCUGUAUCAUUACAAUUUUCAACACUUCGACCAAAUUCAAUGGAAAAAGAAAUUGCUGUUAAAUUAUUAAAAACUUUAGUCAACGAUGAGAUAUCAUGUUUUGAUACAAAUAUUAAGCAAGGAGAUGAUAACGAUUGUUGUUCGAUAUGUUUAGAAUUUUUUAGUCAAAACAAUCGUAUUUAUUGUGUUCUACCGUGUCAACAUUUCAUAUGUGCUGAAUGUUUACAAAAUUAUAUUCAAAUCUCUGUGCAAACUUUCAUGCUUUCAUCAUCAUCACCAUCUAUUAAUAUCACUUGCUUUUAUUCGAAAUGUUUAACAGUACUAAACACUAUUACAUUAAAACGUUUUCUAUCAAUACAAUUAUAUAAACGAUUAUGUGAUUACUCAAAUGAGAAACGUUUAUUUUCAUCAGACAUCUAUCGAUAUUGUCGAUCAAGAAAAUGUUUAAAAAUAAUGAUCAUUGAUAAAGAAAAACGAUUUGAUGGAGCUAUGUGUUUGUGUGGAGAAAGAAUUUGUUUAAAAUGUUCAGAAGAAUGGCAUUGGCCAGCUGCAUGUGGACAAUAUAAAAAUUAUUUAAAACAUUUGAAACAAAGUGGUGAUCAUUUAUUAACUUCACAUGAUUUAAUGCAAACAACUAAUAGCGGUUGUAUGCAUAUGAGAUGUAUAUGUGGUAGCGAGUAUUGUUGGACGUGCUUACAAUGUUGGCGGAAUCAUGAUUAUAGUAAAUGUUCACAGACUGACGAAUCAUCGUACGAACUAAGAUCAUCUAAUCGUAAUCGACUUCAUAAUCUGGCUGUGAAACAUCGUCGUGCACGCAAUCAAUAUCAUAUUCAUUCAUUUUUAACUCAGAUAUAUUCACCUCAUUGCCAAAUACCAACAAGAGAUGUGCAAGAUGUCUACAAUCAAAUGCUUGCCUUGUACAUUGACAUUAAUACGAUAGCCGAAUUUUUAUACGUUUGUUUACAACAAAAACGUAUACAACAGGAUAUACGAUUUGUUUUGGGACAAACGGCUAAAAAAUUUGAUGCCUAUUCAUUUCGUUUACGAUUGUAUGCUGAAGAUUAUAAGAUAUUAAAUCAAAAUAUAAUUAAGCAAAUUCAUCAGAUACGUUUACAAGUUAAUCAAUCAUUCAAAAAUUUAGCAUAUAUGAAAUCUUAUCAUAAUUUUUAA